UGUUCUCAAGACAUUAUUGCUUCAAAUAGAGAGAGUGCUGUUUUGUGUGCUCUCACUCGCCAUCCUGCAUACCAUCCUGAUGUUAGUUCAGAAUCAGCUACAACCUCCACUCGAGGUUAUACAGAUGGCAACAGAUCAGGCAGUGAUACAAUUCAGAGAUCCGAUGAUGUAACAGUAGACAGUACCAUUGCUGGUAAAAGGCAUAUCAAGUUUCCAGUUUCUAUGGAAAACGAUCAAAAGACUGAUGAUAGUUCUGUUUCCCAACACUUUGUCUCGCAAAAACCCGUUGAUCGGGUGUCUUUUUCUGGGAAAAAAGUACCUCAUAGACCUGGUGUUGCAUUGAGGAUUCUUUCUGAGGAUGCUGAAAAGCGGUCUAGAUACAGAAAGCAUCCUGAAACUUUUGAAAAGGAGCUAGUGAUGACGUCAGAUCAAGCAUCUAUGAAGAAUCAGCUGUUGCCUAAAGGAUUUGUUUAUGUUCCUAUUCGAUGUCUUUCAAAAGAGAAAGAGACACUUCCAGAUGCAUGUGCUCAAGAACCAUUGGAACAUGAUGGUUAGGACAAUAUAAUGAAAAUUUUGAAUACCCUGAUUUAGCCACAUCCAUCUUGGAUGUAGUCUUUUGCAAGCUGAUUUUACCAGAAGGAUGAUGGCUUAUUAGAUGCCCUGAUGAGGCCGAAGUGGGUACAUUAUUGCUGCCAGUCGGUCCUGCUACUGCCCAGACGGGGAUGGUGGGUUCUUCCCAUCCCUUGUGUCAAGUGCUUAAAUUGGUUGGGUUGUUUGUGUGUUUCUUGGCAGAAGGGAUUGAAGAAGCUGGAGCUUGUAAUUGUUUGUAAUGCCUACUCAUGGGCUUUGUAAAGUUUGUGUACAUAUUCUUACCAUGUAAACAGUCAAAGCAAUGGUGCAACCUCAAGUUGAUUAGUGGAUUAAUUUAUUUGUCAAGAUGAUGGUGUCACACAUUUUAUUGUUUUUAACUGCAGGUCCACUAUCCUUUUAAGAAGAGGCUUAGUCCUUGUGAUUGUUCUUGAUGGUUGACAUCCUGCUUUACAUUUAUCUUGGAUUUUAGGCUGUGGUAGCUUUAA